AGUUGACGGCGUGGUUGUACGUAAUUGCAUCUGAGCCUUAGUUUGUAGACGCCAUAUAAUAAAUAAAUAUACGCCAUCCCGGUGCCCGCGGUUUUCAUCAUGUCGUCAAAAUCUUAGAAAAACCUGGAUUUUAGAUGCACUUGUGAAAUGGAACUGCCAGUAAUUUGAAAAAUAACUGUUCUUCUACGCCGAACGUGUAGAAAUAUAAUUAUGACGCACGUCCAGGAAUAAUCAAUCACACCCAAGCCAUGUUUAUUCCUUUGGUGUUUUGGAUUUUUAUAAUAAUUUUAGUACUUCCUGUGUACGUUCUAGUGCUGACUCCAUUGGCAGUAUGGCGUCUUUGUGUCAAUUUAAUAGCUUAUCUGACAAGACCAGAUAUUGUAGCGUCCUUAGAUUCCCGGGACUUGGUAUUUACCGGUGAUGAUUAUUAUGGCAGGGCACGAAAGUCGGUGAUAAGCUCAAUCAUUUUAAAUGGUCCUGCAACCCUAAAUACGCUUAAAGAGAGGUUCACCAAAAAUGUGUUGGAUAAGCCUCACUUUUUCAAAAUGCGUUCCAGACCGUAUGUAUUCAUGGGGUAUUGGUUCUGGCGUCACGUGGAAAUUCAGGAAGAGGAGCAAUUUGCGGAAGUUGGAGGAAUUCUAUCAGAAGAUGAGCUUAAUGAAGUAUUACCAUCGUGGGUAUCUGAAGGAUUUUCUCCUGGAACUCCUUUGUGGAACAUAAAACUUAUUCAUUUGGCAGGAAAUCGCACUGCCGUAGUUCUUAAAAUUCAUCAUAUCAUUGGGGACGGCGUAUCUUUCAUGAGUCUGUUGGAAGAGUUUUGCGACAAAGGAUGGUCAAAUUUGCAAACAUCUCCAGUCAGACCAUUUUCUUUUGCGCACUGGGCGUAUGCGUGGUAUAACUUUCCUUGGACAGCAUUAAAGGCCUUUCGACUGGCGAGAAUUCGUAAAGGAUUUCGACCCAAAGUUUGUGCAUCCGCAGCAAUCGGAGGUCCAGCAUUUACAUGCUAUACAAACUUCCCAAUGGAGAAACUUCGCGCAGUCCGAAGAGCACAAAAAUGCAUUUUCCCUACCGUUUUGGCUGGGGUUUUAUCCGGAGCGUUCUACAAAUUUUUUCAAAGUACUGGAAAGAAAAGUCCAGCCUCAGUCCGAAUGAUCAUUCCAACGCCAUAUCCAAAUCGACCUGAUAAGGGGACUUGUAAUCACGUAGGCUGGCUACACUCAGAAAUGCCACUGGGUGACCCACUCGCAAUGAAAAAAUUUGAAGAUGGUGUACGUUACAGCUACAUCAGCGGUCUGCACGGAAUAAUGUGGCAAAUUUUUAAACCGAUGUAUCUACUUCCUGCACCUUCACUUUCUGUGUAUACUGACUGGGGGGAGAAAAAUCUUCCUCCUGCCGUCCUCACCAGCAUACCGGGCUCUAUAACGCCGGUUUACCUUUUAGGUCAGGAAGUGGAUCAUUCCUACCCCACAUUAUCUCUAGGUUAUACCACUGGUUGCAACGCGUGCAUGACGACUUAUAAUGACGGUGCAUAUUUGUCAAUCCGCAUUAGCAAAGAAAUAAUCUCUUCGAAGGAAAUGCUGGACGUUCUGGUCAGCAAAUAUAUGCACGAAGAGCUGGAGUUGAUGUAUCAAAAUGCGCUCAACAAGGAAAAUGGCAAUGCAGUGGAGCACAUACAAAUAAAUGUGUCAAAUUAGUCUGAAAAAAAUCAUUAGUUGACUGGGUUGUUGCAUUUCAUAACGUUGAUAUUCGUAAUGCACCCAUUACAUACUAUAAGCUUGUCACAAGCGGUGAAUAUGGUAAAUAUGUCAGAUUUAUCUGCAAUGCAUGAAAGUAUUUAUUACUAGCUUUAUAAAAUUCUCCGUGUUAUAAUAUUGUCACAAAGUUGUUAUAGUGUUCAUGUUCAAUGAGUGACGUUGAUAUCUUAUAUGCAAAUAAAAAGAAUAAUUUGUUA